AUGGAGCGUUGCAGCGUCGACCGAGACGCCCUGCUGGGUCCCGGAGCGACUCUGCGCCGCCUGAUGGGUCUGUGGCCGCUGCAGGGCUCCGGAGCCGAACGACUUUGCUCUGCCCUGCUGGGCGGUUUCUCGCUGCUCUUCAUCGCCUGCCCCGUGCUCUCUGCCGGCCUCAAGCUCUACAUGGACCCGCCACGAAAAAUUGAAGAGACGGCACUGUCUUGUUUCGUGGCUUUCAUUUGCAGCGUAAUGUGGAUCAAGGUUGCUCUUUUCAUCGGACAGAGAGAUACGCUUCUGCAGCUGGUGGACCUGCUGACGGUCGUCAGGAACCUGUACAAUAACGGUGAAGGCAACGAGUACACCAGACGUCGCUAUCACAGACUAAUCCAACGCGUCUAUUUAUUCUUACAGGCGGCGGCUGUGCCUGCUUUGAUGGGCUGGGUGUCGUCGCCGCUGCUGUCGCACAGUGUCCACGGAGGCGACCACCCAUCGCCAGACAGCAAACGACAGUUGCCCGUCUCCCUCUGGCUGCCGAUGGAAGUCCACACAUCGCCCACCUACGAGAUACUGUACGUGGCCCAGUCCAUCGGUCUAACCAUAGCGGCAGAAUCUACAGUCUGCAUCGACAUUUUCUUUUUCCAUAUGAUGCUGGUGAUAGGAGCAGAGCUCGAAGUUUUAAACGAGAACAUUUCUGCUGUGCAUAAACUUCGUAAGGAGACAGGAAAGUCAAAACGUCGAGACUAUAUUUAUGAAUAUCAGGCAACGAGUGAAACUACGAUGCUCUCUUGCGAUGACUCUUAUACAGCAGGCCUCCUAGAACAACGCUUGCAGCUGCAGCUGGUGGAUAACAUUCAGCACCAUCAGACAAUCCUCAGCUCCAUCUGCCUCUUGCAGACAACAAUGAGUGUAUCAGUCUUUGUUCUUCUGUUCAUCAACAUGGCCAACCUGUGUGCAAAUAUCUUUGUUACUGCUGUGCUGCUGCAGAGAGAUGGAAACAUUACGAAAGCUUUGAAAGCACUUUUAGCAAUUCCUCCCGUUCUGUAUGAAACAGGAAUGUACUGCAUGUUUGGACACAUCGUAACUGGUCAGAGCGAGAAGCUGAUGCAGUCAGCUUUUAGCUGUGGCUGGACAGAGUGCGACGUCCGUUUCAGACGAAGCGUACUCAUCUUCAUGACAACGACAGUGCGACCGGUCGAGAUCACAGUGGGCAAGAUGACCAAACUGUCUAAGCAGACGCUGCUCCAGGUGCUUAAUGGAACGUAUGCCCUGCUGAACUUGUUGUAUCACUUCCAUAGCAGUGUAUGA